GAUGCCAGAUCUGAAAAUGAUGCCGAUGGCGUAAGGUGUUACUGCAAUACAGCUGAAUGUGUCUCGACUGGCUACAUGUGCCGGUCUCCGCGUGAAGGUGGCUGCUACAGUGAACUGGUGCCAAGAAGAACUAAUCACGCCAGGCACGGCUGCUUACACCACCUAGCUGAAACAGAAAAUGAGGCCCUUUCGCGGUGCCAAAACUCGCCAGUGUCCGGCGGUCCGCCGCCUUCUGGCGACCACUCGUUAUUGCUGUGCUGCUUCCGAGAUAUGUGCAACCACGAGGACAGUCCCCUGUCAACGGCCAGGCUGAACCUCACAUCGGGAGAUGUUGACUCCAACACUGUAGCCAGUGAACGCGGCGGUUACAACGGCGAGGUUUGGUUUAAGGCGGCCACCAUCGCGGUGCCUCUAUGCGGGGCGCUCAUACUGUUCCUACUCGUGGCUGUAGCCGUGCGACUGCUCAAGGCGGACGCGCUACUGCACGCUGAUAGAAAACUUAGAGGCGGUUACAUGUCUCCCCUGGCGCAGAAUACUGAAGACGUGAAGAAAGUGUGGGUUGGAUCGACAGCCGCGCCUUUACUAGUAGCGCCAGGGGGAUGCCUGGUGGCUAUAGAAAGGGCGCAAUUAUUGGACGCACCGCAUCCGAUGCAACAACACCCGCAGCAACAACUGUGCGACAUACAGCGGUAG